GAGGAUCUCAGAGAUAUUAAAUGAGGUGUAGUUUGUUGACAAUUUCAUACUAAUUAAUUGCUACCUAUGAAUAGCAGACUUUACUUUUAAAAGCAUCAUCCGUUAAUUGCCCACAAAAAUCGUGAAUAAACUGGUAUCUGCCCAGCCCGAGAUCGCAGAGUACGAACAAUCUCCACCGAUCACGCCAUUUUACGCCGGUUUGAUUCCGUCCAUUCUUUUUUCUUCCCUUCACUCGCUUCCCCCGCGAUUGAGGAGAUAGUUAUAUUUAGUCUGCUAGUUAUAUAUUGGAGGGGCGGAAUCGUCUUUCUUUCUCUCUCAUUCUUUCUCCCCCGCUCUCGUGUCUGUAUACCAUACCUAUCACAACUUUGAUAUACCACGAUAUACCACGAUAUAUCACGAUAUAUAACUCGCAUUCGUUCCUUGUACUUGAUAUACCUCUCUGUCAUUGUCUUAUUCCCAAGAUGGCCGGCGACGAAAUCACUCAGCGCUUUGAGACGCUGCAAUUGCAUGCUGGCUAUACUCCAGAUUCAGCCACCAACUCGCGCGCUGUUCCCAUCUAUGCUACUACCUCCUUCACCUUCAAUGAUUCCGCGCAUGGCGCUCGACUCUUCGGCCUCAAGGAAUUGGGCAAUAUCUACAGCCGCCUUGGCAAUCCCACCGUUGAGGUCUUCGAGAAGCGUAUAGCUGCACUGGAAGGUGGCGUGGCUGCCGUGGCCGCUUCGUCGGGCCAAUCCGCCCAGUUCAUGGCCAUCGCUGCGCUCGCAGGCACCGGUGAUAACAUCGUCUCCACCACCAAUCUCUACGGCGGCACCUACAACCAGUUCAAAGUCCUCCUGCCCCGUCUAGGUAUCACCACCAGGUUCGUCACGGGCGAUGAUCCCGAGGACCUGGCGUCCAAGAUCGACGAUAAGACCAAAGCGGUCUACGUCGAGACGAUUGGCAACCCGAGAUAUAACGUGCCCGACUUUGAGAAGAUUGCGAAGGUUGCGCAUGAGAAGGGGGUGCCGUUGGUGGUGGACAACACCUUCGGUGCAGGCGGAUACUUCGCACGCCCCAUCGAGCACGGGGCGGACAUCGUCGUGCACAGCGCCACGAAAUGGAUCGGCGGCCACGGUACCACCAUCGCCGGCGUCGUCGUCGACAGCGGCAAGUUCGACUGGGGCAAACACUCCAAGCGCUUCCCGCAGUUCACCGAGCCGUCCCCAGGCUACCACGGCCUGAAAAUGUGGGAAACGUUCGGUACGGCUACAUUUGCUACCUUUGUCCGUCUCGAUGUCCUGCGUGACCUCGGCAGCGCGCUGAAUCCGUUUGCGGCGCAGCAGCUGCUACUGGGUAUUGAGACGUUGUCGCUUCGCUGCGAGAGACAUGCGAGCAAUGCGAUGGCGUUGGCCAGAUGGCUAGAGAAGAAUGAGAAUGUCUCCUGGGUGUCGUAUCCGGGCCUGCAGAGCCAUCCUACCCAUGAGACGGCGAAGAAAUACCUAAAACGCGGGUUCGGUGGAGUGUUGUCGUUUGGUAUCAAGGGAGGUGCGGAGGCUGGCAGCCAGGUUGUCGAUGGGUUCAAGCUUAUUUCAAACCUUGCCAAUGUCGGUGACUGCAAGUCCCUAGCCAUCCACCCCUGGUCAACGACACAUGAGCAGCUCAGCAAUGAGGAGCGAAUUGCAUCCGGCGUGACGGAGGACGGCAUCCGUUUCUCUGUUGGCAUUGAGCAUAUCGAUGAUAUCAUCGCGGAUUUCGAGCAGUCAUUUAAGGCUAGCAGCUCCCUGAAUCACAAGACUACUUAAGAUAAGUAUACAUAUAUAUAUACUUCAUAGCUCUAACAGGAUCAAGAGGUGAUGGCGAUGCACCUACUUAACCAGCAGAAUAUGGUUUAUCCACGCUUGAAAAAUGAAACGGGGUGGAAUAGAAAUGGGGGAAAUGUUGAACUGGGGAAAAUAUAAGGGGUUCCGGUGCUGGGGUUUCAGGACCUCGCUGUAUAGUCAGUUAUCGCUCGCUACUACAUACAUACCUUCGAGAGGUUUUAACUAGGAGGUUAGACGGGAGGGUAAAAUUUUGUAACUACAACGAUGUUAUGAAACGAAAUGAAAUGAAUAUUUUUUUUCAUCCCC